AUGGAGUUCCAGUUCACAAGUGUUUUGAAACGUUUUAAACACAGUAGGUUUCAGCAAAAGAGCGCCGUCUUACCGAGCGCCCCGGCCGCUUCACCUUCACACAGAGCCUCCGCAGCGGCGGCGGCGCCAGCGAAGCGCUACGCCUCCCGCCAGCCCCAGAGCCGCGCUUGCGCAGUCAGUUCCUCCGCUGGAGGCUCGGCCCCGCCCCUCAGAGACGCCGAGUUCCCCGAAAGGCACCCGGCGUGGAAACGCUCGCGCGCAGGUGUCAGCAGCACGGAGGUGCAGGGUGUUGUCGAGGGUGCGGGGCCGGGCGCUGCCAGCGGCGCGCUCCGCCUCGGGGCCCCCGCCCCUGCUCUGGGCCAGGCCCCGGCUCCAGCCCCCGUCCCGGCCCCGGGCUCGCAGUUUACCCUGCUGGUGAUGCACCCCUGCGGAGGGCAGGACGACUCUGCGGCCGAGGGCGUCCUGAGGCAGACUCCGGCCCUGGGGGACGGCGCCGGUGCAGGCAAGCCCAUUAGGUACCUGUGCGAAGUGGCGGGGGCUGGCGAGGAGGAGGCAGGAGAGGACGAAGCCGACCUGCUGGACACUUCCGACGCCCCAGGGGGAGGCGAGAGCACCGCUAGUUUGGAGGAUCUGGAGGACGAGGAGACCCACUCUGGGGGCGAGGGUGGCAGCGGGGGAGCCCGGAGACGGGGCAGCGGCGGGGGCAGCAUGAGCAAGACCUGCACCUUCGAGGGCUGCAGCGAGACCACGAGCCAGGUGGCCAAGCAGCGGAAACCUUGGAUGUGCAAGAAACACCGCAACAAGAUGUACAAGGACAAGUACAAAAAGAAGAAAAGUGACCAGGCCCUGAACUGCAGUGGGUCCGCCCAGCCUGGCAGCGCGGGAAACGUCAGACUGGAGGAAAGUACAGAUAAUAUACUCUCCAUUGUUAAACAAAGAACAGGAACCUUUGGGGAUCGUCCUGCAAGACCUACUCUUUUAGAACAAGUGUUAAAUCAAAAAAGACUGUCAUUACUAAGAAGUCCAGAAGUGGUGCAAUUUUUACAGAAACAGCAACAACUAUUAAAUCAGCAAGUUUUGGAGCAAAGACAGCAGCAGUUUCCAGGAACAUCAGUGUGAAGGAAUUUAUCAAGAAGAUCCACGUGUUUUUUAUUUUGUUAUAGAAGAUGGACAUAUUUUUAUAAUAAAGAUAAAUGGGGUUAGAUAUGCCAGUAAAACAUAAACAGUCAUUUUCCUGUAAAUGUAUGUGUGCAUUUGGGGGUAACUAAGUAUUGCACUUUGUGCAUCUAAUCCUUUCAGAUUACUAUAAAUUUGAAGAAACAGCUUACCUUUCCAAAAUAACAUUUAAUUACAAUUGUUUUUUUAAACAAAGUAUUCCUCUUCAGUCAUCGUUACUGAAGGUAAUGAAGCAGUUACUUUCUGUGGAAGUCACAAAGUUAAUAGGUAUUAAUUUUUGAUCAUUUAGUUCAGUGGUUCUUAUCAAGGGGCAGUCAGAAAUGGAUGAACAUGUUUUUGGUUGUCACAGUGAUCUUGAAAAAUCCUGGUUUUUGUGAGUGGGUCAGGAAUCCUAAAUGUUCUACAGUGUCUGGAAUGGCCUUUCACAACUAAUAAUUAUCUCACCCACAGUGUUAAUAACCCUCUUAAGAAACACUGACAGUUGUGAUA